AUGGCAGAUGGUAGGGUGCGUUUGGCUGCUGGAGUGAUGGGAGCUUCUUGGUGUUAUUGCAGGAAUGCGGCUUCUCUGUUACUUUAUGCUGCCCCAAUAUUAACUUUUCAUAAGGUUAUAAGAAAGAGAAGCACUGAGGACUUCUCAUGCGUCCCUUACGUCACUGCUUUCUCGAAUUGCUUCUUAUACACUUGGUAUGGAUUGCCUGUUGUGAGCUGCGGAUGGGAAAAUUUUUCUCUCGUCACCAUUAAUGGCCUCGGGGUCCUCCUCGAGCUCUCUUUCAUUAUCACAUAUUUUCGGUUUGCUUCAGUUGGAGGAAAGGCAAGCUAUAUAUAUAAUUUCCAGUCUGUCUUAUUCUUGAAGAAGGUAGCUAUGUUAGCAAUACCUGUUAUCCUGGUUUCCUGCGCGGCGGCAAUAAUAUCAGCUUUCGUGUUCCAUGAUCACCAUCGACGCAAGGUAUUCAUAGGGAGUGUGGGACUGGUGGCCUGUGUGUCAAUGUAUGGGUCUCCUCUGGUGGCUGUGGUGAGCUCAUAUGUUUCUUUCCAUCUUUACCUCCACUUUUUUCUUAUCAAAUUCCAAUUUAAAGACAUUUUAAGCAAGCUCGAUAUGGUUGGCUUAGGGUUUCUGAGCCGCGAUCUUUCUUGCGGUUUUCUCCUAGUCUGGUUGGCUGCCCUCUUGCGGUCCUCCAGCUUUUGGUUUACUGCAAGUAUAGGAGAAGGGAGUAAUGGAGGAACCACACAAGUCGUGGAUGUGGAGAAGAACAACAACGGUGAGAAGACCAAGCAGCAGUUGCAGCUUGUGGUUCCUGGAGAUACUUCUGUGCAAAAGUUGAUGAACUAG